AUACGUGAACUCUCCGCGGAUGAAUCCACACAUGAGUUCUGCUCCUGAUCCGGGCACCUUCCGCACACAGGAGACUGUGCGUCUAAACGCCUGCAGUCAGCCGUAGUUACCAUACUGUGCUGUGGAAGCAAAGUUUUCUGGCGGCGGGAGAGGAGGGGCUUCCACCAAACUGGGUCGCUGGCUGAAGGGAGUCAAGCGGGACCAUGGCCCAAGUCGCAGUGCCCACGCUGCCCCUGGAUGACGCGGAGUCAGAGAGCAGGAUGGUGGUGACCUUCCUCGUGUCUGCCCUGGAGUCCAUGUGUAAAGAGCUGGCCAAGUCCAAGGCCGAGGUGGCCUGCAUCGCCGUGUAUGAGGCAGACGUGUUCGUGGUGGGCACCGAGCGAGGUCGCGCCUUCGUCAGCGCCCGAGCAGAUCUGCAGAAAGACUUUGCAAAAUACUGUGCCGCAGAAGGGCUGGGUGAGGAGAAGCCUCCGCGCCCGGCCAGCAGGGUGCAGGUCGGCUCUGGGGAGGUGGAGACGCUCCGGAAGGCAGUUGAAGAUCACUUCGGCCUGUGCUACGGUAGAGCACUGGGGACAGCAACCGCGGUGCCCGUCCCCUAUGAGCAGAUGCUUCGGGACCCAGCGGCUGUGGUGGUGCGGGGACUUCCAGAGGGAGCGGCCUUGCAGCACCCUGAGAAUUAUGAUCUCCCAACGCUCAAGCGGGUCCUGGAGCACAAAGCAGGGAUUUCCUUCGUCAUAAACAGGCCUUUCCUCGGUGCGGAGAGCCAGCCAGGUGGCCAUGGGCCAGUGACAGAUGCUGAGAGGUCAAUGCUAUCACCAAAGGCAAGCUGUGUCCCCAUCAGUGUGAAAACUGAACCCCUGGAGGACGCAGGCAUCUCACUGAAGGCAGAAGCUGUGACCGUCAAGAAAGAAGCAGAAGACCCUAAUUACUAUCACUGUGCAAUGCCAGGCAGCCACCUUUCCUCCACAAGCAGCGAACUCAUAGAAACAGAAUCCCCGAUGGAAGAGUCCUCUCAGCCCGUCUCCUCAGAAGCCAGCGAGGAUCCCGAAGGUGAUGUGAAAAUCGAAGGAAACCCAGACCCAUGCGGCGUCACGGCUUCUGCAUCAGGUGUUGAAGAGCUGAACAUUGUCCAGGUGGCCGUUCCAGAUAAUGAGAAGGAAAAAUUAUCAAGCAUUGAAAAGAUUAAACAGCUACGAGAACAAGUUAAUGACCUUUUUAGUCGAAAAUUUGGUGAAGCGAUCGGUGUGGACUUCCCCGUGAAAGUGCCCUACAGGAAGAUCACCUUCAACCCGGGCUGCGUGGUCAUCGACGGGAUGCCCCCCGGCGUGGUGUUCAAGGCACCCGGGUACCUGGAGAUCAGCUCUAUGCGCAGGAUCCUGGAUGCUGCAGAGUUUAUCAAGUUCACUGUAAUCAGGCCGCUCCCGGGGCUCGAGCUCAGUAACGUGGGCAAGCGCAAGAUCGACCAGGAGGGCCGUGUGUUCCAGGAGAAGUGGGAGCGCGCGUACUUCUUCGUGGAGGUGCAGAACAUCCCCACGUGCCUGAUAUGCAAGCAGAGCAUGUCGGUGUCCAAGGAGUACAACCUGCGACGCCACUACCAGACCAACCACAGCAAACACUACGACCACUACACGGAGCAGACGCGGGACGCCAAGCUGGAGGAGCUCAAGAGCGGGCUCCACAGGUAUCUCCUGGGCUCCUCGGACGCCGUGUGCACCGAGCCCAGACUCCUCGGCGCGAGUCCUCCGGAGAACGUGGUGGUGCAGCCCGUGGAAGACGCGGCUGGGAACCCGUGGGAGAAGCUCCGCGAGAAAAUCAAGUCGUUUGUGGCCUACUCGAUCGCCAUCGAUGAGAUCGUAGACAUAAACAACACCUCGCAGCUGGCCAUCUUCAUCCGGGGCGUCGACGAGAACUUUGACACGUCCGAAGAGCUCCUGGACACGGUGCCCAUGACGGGCCUCAGGUCCGCCAACGAGAUCUUCGCGCGCGUGGAGAAGAGUCUCAAGAAGUUCAACAUCGACUGGUCCAAGCUGGUGAGCGUGGCGUCCACCGGCACCCCCGCCAUGGUCGAUGCCAAUAACGGACUGGUCACGAAGCUCAAGUCCAAGGUGGCGGCGAGCUGCAGGGGCUCCAACCUGAAGUCCGUGUGCUGCAUCAUCCACCCCGAGUCCCUGUGCGCGCAGAGGCUGAAGAUGGACCACGUCAUGGACGUGGUGGUGAGCUCCGUGAACUGGAUCUGCUCCCGGGGCCUGAACCGCGGCGAAUUCACGACACUGCUGUACGAGCUCGACAGCCAGUACGGCAGCCUGCUGUACCACACCGGGGUCAAGUGGCUGAGCCGUGGGCUGGUGCUGAAGAGGUUCUUCGAGUCCUUGGAAGAGAUCGACAACUUCCUGUCCUCCCGGGGGAAGCCCGUGCCUCAGCUGAGCUCCAGGGACUGGAUCAGGGACUUGGCCUUCCUGGUGGACGUGACCACGCAUCUCAACACGCUGAGCGUCUCCCUGCAGGGGCACUCGCAGAUAGUGACGCAGAUGUACGACUUAAUCCGGGCCUUCGUGGCCAAGCUGUGCCUCUGGGAGACGCACCUGGCCAGGAACAACCUGGCCCACUUCCCCACGCUGCAGUCGGUGUCCCGGCACGAAAGCGAUGGGCUGAACUACAUCCCGCGGCUUGUGGAGCUCAAGAGCGAGUUCCAGAGGCGGCUGUCCGACUUCAAGCUGUACGAGGCUGAGCUCACGCUGUUCAGCUCGCCCUUCGCCACCAAGAUCGACAGCGUGCGGGAGGAGCUGCAGAUGGAGGUGAUCGACCUGCAGUGCAACACGGUGCUGCGGGCCAAGUACGACAAGGUGGGCGUCCCCGAGUUCUACAAGUACCUGUGGAGCAGCUACCCCAGGUACCGGCGGCACUGCGCCCAGAUCCUGUCCAUGUUCGGCAGCACCUACAUCUGCGAGCAGCUCUUCUCCAUCCUGAAACUGAGCAAGACCAAGGCCAGCUCGCAGCUGCAGGCCCCGCAGUGGGACUCCGUGCUGCACAUGGCCACAUAGGACGGGUCCACAGCGCGGAUCCGCCGGCCUGGGGCCGCCAGAUGAGGGCGAUGGCUUACACAGACAUCGGGGUCCCCCUUCCCCACUUUGAGUUGGAAGCAGAGUUUGUAGUAUUGCACUGUUUGUAUGAUAUUCUGUGCUUCGCUGUGACUCAGUAAAACC